AUGCAUUUAUCCUCUUUUUAUUCAUUUUCUACUGAACCUGGAAGUCAAACACGUCUUGUUCAAUUUGUUAAUCUUCUACAUAGACGUUGGUCGUACUUCAUAGCAGAUCAUGUCAGUGGCGCAAUUAUUAUUUCAGUUUUGGUAUCUAUUGUAUGUGCCACCAAAGUUGUCACUACGCCUUUUAAAAAUGAUCUAAUGGGUUUCAUACCAUACGGGGCACGCUCACGUGAAGAAUACGCAGUACAAGAAGAAUUCACUAAUCAUAGCGGUAAAGGAAUCCUUUUGAUGGCUCUUAUCGUUGCCAAAGAUAGUGGCUCAACGCUGAAAGCGGAAAUACUGAAAGAAGCUGUUGAAGUGGAUGAAUUGAUUUCGAAUAAUUUUACAAUAUACAAUCAUAUUCUUGGUAGAGCAGAGUCUUUCAAUGAAUUUUGUCGUAAUUUCUGUUUGUUCAAUCUUCCGCUGCAACAAUUUUAUAAUGGUUUUGAAGUACAGCUGGAACGAUUCCGAGCUCAUCAACCAUUAAACGACCGAAUUUCUUUGAAUUAUCCCAUUUCCAAAAUGUACGGGCAUGCUUUUAACAUACAGAUGAAUUUUAAUGGAAUAGAAUUAAAAAACGACACGCUAAUAAUGGAUAAUAAGAUAAAUAGUUCAGUUACGGAAACUACGAAUUAUGCUCCUUUCAUCACAAAUAUGGUAUCGGCAAAGAUGAUCAAACUUGUGUAUCGCGGGGAACGAGUGGGUGAUUGGACAGUAAAGCAAACCCGACAGUAUGAAUUGGGCAUCGUUCGUUACUUCCAACAUGAUUAUAAGCCAAAGCACAUUCGUGUAUUGAUGGUAUCGUUUGAUUACAUUGAUUAUGAGAUAUCUCGUGCUGGUCUAAGUAUAUUACCGUAUUUGGUUGUUGGUUUUUGUAUUAUGUUCAUUUGCUCAGCAAUAUCAACAACAGUCAGCGCCAUAUAUAUGCAACAAAUGAGCAUUUAUAAGAUCUAUUUAGCUCUCUUUGCCUGUAUUUGUCCUCUGAUGGCCAAUGCAACAGCAAUCGGAUUACUAUUAACCGUCGGAGUACGGUAUGAUGCUAUCCUAUCUGUAACACCACUUCUUACGCUUGCUAUUGGUGUUGACGAUGCCUAUUUGAUGAUACACGCAUGGCAACGUGUCACGAGAGAAUGUAUUUUACAUCCUGUCAAGGACGAUUGCGUUCCAUAUCGUCUUGCACUGGUAUUAGAAGAAACGGGGCCUGCUAUCUUAAUAUCAGCCUUGACGAAUAUUCUGGCUGAUGUAGUUGGUUCUGUUAGUGGUUCACCUUCCAUUACGGUAUUAUGCUUUGGCAAUAUGUCAUCCAUUUUCAUGGAUUAUGUUUAUCAGUUAACAUUUUAUUCGGCAAUAAUGUGUGUUGCGGGACAUUUUGAAAUGAAAAUGGCAGCGGAACAACAAAAUACUCAUUUAAUCAAAAUUGACAACGAGAAAAAAGGCACAAUAAUAAAUUAUGACACAAAGAACUCACAAGAUUUCCGUGAACGCGCAAAGAACAUUUGUACUUUUAUACUUGAUGAUUACGUCACAUUGGUCACUAACAAAGUUUUUGCUGUCGGUGUAUUUUGUUCAUGGGUUCUUCUCAUCAUAAUCUCAAUUUUUGGAAUAACUCAAAUAAAAAUUGAAUUAACAUCUGAAAAACUAUUUCCAUUGGAUUCACCACUUAUUGAGUUGAACGAUCUUUUGCAAUGGUAUCAGAUACCUGAGCAUACUAUGCCACAAUUUUAUGUAAACAACCCUGGAAAUCUAUCAAAUAUGUAUCGUUUUCAACGUCUUAAUCAGAUGAUUUAUGAAUUGGAACACAUGAAUGGUUCGUGGGGCGCACAGAGUACCAAUUAUUUCAUUCGCGAUUUCAUUGAUUUCGAGAAACAAUGGAAUGAAGCAGAUUACAACAAUGAUUCAUUAAAUGGUUCCAUUUUACUGAGAGAAGAUGAUUUGCCGAUAUUUUUAGACUGGCCCGAAUAUCAGAGAUGGCGCGGUUUUUUGAUUCUCGACGAAACAACUGGUCACCUGUUAAGAUUCUUCUUUACAACCGCGUAUUAUGGCGAAAAUUUGAAGGACUGGCCGCAAAGGGGUGUCCUGCUGAAUAAAUGGCGCGAUAUUAUAGAUAAGUACAGGGAAUUCAACGUAACUGUUUUCAUGGACGAUGCAAUAUUCUUAGAUUUGAUUGAUAAUAUGACAACAGAUGCAUGGCAAUCAGCGCUUGGCAUAUUACUUUGUAUGGCAUUCAUUUCUUUCAUCUUUUUAUACGAUAUAUUCACAGUGGCUGUUGUAUCUGUUGCUAUCGUUUCCAUUAUGACUGGCAUAGUUGGAAUACUAACUCUAAUGGGUCUUAAUCUGGAACCAAUCAUGAUGGCUGCGAUGUUAAUUUCAAUGGGUUUUAGUGUUGAUAUACCAGCUCAUGUGGCUUAUCACUAUAACAGCAACGGAAUAACCACCAAUCGACAACUAGCAGUAAAGGACAAGUUGCGGAUAUGUUUUGCAUCAGUUGCACUUCCUGCAUUGCAAGCAUCGAUAAGCACAAGUUUGUGCUUGUUUGGUCUUUUCUUUAAAGAGCUGUAUAUAGCACAGGUGUUUGUGAAAACGAUGUUGCUGUGCAUUUUUCUAUGCGUUUUUCACGGUUUGCUUAUCAUUCCAUGUAUGCUUGUACUUACUGAUCUAGUAAUGCAGUUUUGUAGAAGGUUGCGAAGACAUGAAAUAAUCUCCCCUGCUGUUUUCUCCUCAUAA